CCUAUUCAAAAUUUAACCUGCAAUUGAAAAUAAAUUGAAACACAAAUUGAAAGUUGUUGUAGGUCAUUAGGCACGGUUCAUGAAUGUAUAUAAUUAUUCCAGGAUGAAUUAUGGAAAUUGAACGUGGAGUAACAGUUAAAUUGCUUUUCUUUGCAAAAUCGAAAGAAUUAGCUGGAACACGAGAAGCGAGAAUAACGCUCCCCGAAAAAAUAACCUACAAGCAAUUAUUGGAUAUAAUCGCUGCAAAUUAUAACUUGGAAACAAUAAAACAUAAUAUUUUACUAGCUAAGAACGAAGAAGUGUGCUCCGAUAACAUAGAUAUUGAUAUAAAAGAAUUUGAUAGCAUUGCUGUUAUACCACCACUAAGUGGGGGAUAG